AUGCUGGCCACUUUGGAGAUGGGAAACACACGCACACCUGCUCUUUCCUUUCUGGUGGCUGAAGCAGUGACACAGCUUGAGCCUGAUAUCAGAUUCAGACAGGUCCUGGUUGGGUUGGUGUUGAACUCCAGCCAGUCCAGUCCAUGGUUAGCUUUCCCAUCAUUUCGUUCAAGGAGUUUGAAAAAACUAAUCGUAACUCAGAUAAUUGGGUUGCCAAUAUCUCCUCUGUGUAACUGAAUUACAUUUGGUUUUUAAUUUUCAUCAUUUUGUAUCUCAAACCUGUUUUGGUAAUGUUAAAGGAAUAUAUUGUAAAGCUAAAAUAUAAGCCCUGAAAACGAGGCCAUCAGGGACCUCUGAUCUGUAUUUGUAUGCAGCGCGUUGAGACUGGUUCAGUCAGGAGUAUGUAUGAGGGCCUGAGGCUUUCUCUCUUUUCUGUAGGGAUAAACAAUGGCAGGCAGGGAGGCAGGCAAGCAGAGAGGCAGGGAGGGAGGCAGGCAGGGAGAGAGAGAAGCAGAGUGCUCAUUUCACUGAGGAUACAGUAAGUUAUGUAUAUUUCAGGAUGCCAGCUGCAGUCUGGAACAAACAUAGAUCAUGAUGGGAGAUGAGGUUAUCUCACUGGGAAAGGCCAUAAGCAGGAAAUGAUAGCCCUCUCCCACUGUACUGUAUAUUACUUAGAGUCAGAUACGCACUAGUUGAUGUGUGGAAAAUUUGAUUCACUUCAUUUCCUCAUUCUUUCCUUGGUAAUGAAGGUAAUCCCAGCUGGGAGUGUAUCAGUAGGCUGUGAUUAAUUAAGAUCCAGUAGAAAGGAAAGGGAAUAUCAGUUUUAAUGGAAUGAACCACAACAAUUAUAGGUUGCCUCACCCUGCAGAGACUCUCCUUCUACUUUCCUUAUGUUAGCCUAUAUUCUGGGGAUAUGAAAUCUUUGUGGUGUACAGUAGAUUACUAAAGUGGCAUACAUUUUACUGUAAUCACAAAGCAAUGUAUAUUAUUCUGGUUCAUAUGAAGAAUACAUGACUGUAUUAUUCUAGAAACAGUGUGAUUUAGGUAAUCCUUUUAGGUAAUCCUCAAACCUGUCUUUUGCAAUUAGAAAUUGGAUUCACUAGCAGCUACACCAACACUCUGUCUCCUCUUAUGCUUUCUGUUUCCCUCUCUCUCUCUCUCUCUCUCUCUCUCUCCCCUCUCUCUCUCUCUCUCUCUCUCUCUCUCUCUCUCUCUCUCUCUCUCUCUCUCUCUCUCUCUCUCUCUCUCUCUCUUCUGCUCUCUGUGCAGAGAUUAUACCACUCAUUUCAGUGCAGCACCUCCCAGGACACCAGUCUGUGCCUCUGCCCAGCCAGUGGGUUAGAUAGUGGGUGUACAAUAACACUCGUCAGCCACAGUAACAUGAUGCUGAUCUGGCCUGUCUGUCUGUCCCCCUGGAACAGACUAUUGGAGCUGGAGCUGCUCUCCACCGGCCAGUUCCAUUUACACAAUAGCAUUCUGCAAGAGGAAGAUGCUCUGGGGUGAUUGGACAGGCUGUGAAGCUAAUGCGUAUCUCCAUCCUCUCUCCCCUCCUCCUUUUAUCCUCCUCCCUCCCCUCCUACCUCUCUCCACUCCACCCUUUCGCUCUCCUCCAGCCUCUUUCAGCUCUCCUCUCUCCCCUCCUCCUCUCUCCCCUCUUCCUACUCCUCUCCUCCGUGAGACUGUGAAAGUGCAGUCAGAUCCACUAACGAUGGGGGUUAGGUCUUGAUUAUGCAGACGCCAAGGAGAAUGAGGAAAUGCUGCUGCUUGUCACCGGCUCAGCCUGAAACUGGCCACAAGGGAGAGGAGCACCACACAGAUUAAGAGUUCUUCUGAAAUCUGAAUGAGUCAGUUGUACUGAGCUGCUAUUCACUCUCUCUGUCUGUGUCAGUGCCCCCUCUGCAUAUCAUCGUCCAUGUGAAAUCAUUCAAUAUUCUCCACACUGUCUCGCUGUCCCAGUAGAUGCUUAAGAUGCUGUAGUUAUAUAUUCUAAACCAGCCCUGCCGAUACUCAAUUAACACACGAGUGUCAGACACACAGCGCAUGACAACCCCUGUAGUUUUAGGUAAUACAAUACAUAGGACCUCAUUUUCAGAGACAUUUAGAUUUAUAUCACAUGCAAGUCCUUCAUGAAUGCUGGAGAAAUUGUACACUCACAUGAAAUGCUUGAUAAUGGAACUAAUAAUUCCUCAUUAUUUUCAGGAAUGCAAUGUUUGGAGAUGGGAAAGAAUUAGCUAUUGAAGCUCUUGAAUUUCCUCAAUCGUUCAUAAUGUCAAUGAUAUGUUGUGUGUUUAUGAUGGAUGGUUGUAAGAUUGUAGUAUUGUCAGUCUGAUUGUUCAUCUCCUGGUCUGUUGUUGUGUCACGAUCGUCGAACACAGAAGUGGACCAAUGCGCAGCGUGAUGAGUGAACAUACUUUUAAUUUGAUUCACCACACGAAACAAAACAACAAAACGAUACGUGAAGUCCUAGGUAACAGACACAAACCAUACACGGAACAAGAUCCCAUAAAACACUGUGGAAAACAGGCUGGCUAAGUAUGGUUCCCAAUCAGAGACAACAAGCAACAUCUGACACUCGUUGCCUCUGAUUGAGAACCACCCCGGCCAACACAGAAACACAUGAGCUAGAUAAAGACCCUAGAACACCAACACAAUGAAACUACACACCCUGGCUCAACAUAACAGAGUCCCAGAGCCAGGGCGUGACAGUACCCCCCCCCAAAGGCGCGGACUGCGACCGCGCCAAACAUAAACCGAACAGGGGAGGGCCGGGUGGGCAUUCCUCCUCGGAGGCGGUUCCGGGCUCCGGGCUUGACCACCACCCUCCAACAAUUCCCCCGUAGCGCCCCUGGUCCGGUCUGGCCCCGCUGGCUGGAGCUGGACUGGACAUCGGUGGAGCGGAUUGCUUAGGCUCCGAUGUGGAGCAGCUGACCGGUACCUGACGAGGCACCGGUGACCCAGGCACGGGCUGUGCCGGACUGACGACGCGCACCACAGGCUUGGUGCGGGGAGCAGGAACGGGCCGGACCGGGCUGACGACGCGCACCACAGGCUUGGUGCGGGGAGCAGGGACGGGCCGAACCGGGCUGACGAAGCGCACCACAGGCUUGGUGCGGGGAGCAGGAACGGGCCGGACCAGGCUGACGACGCGCACCCCUGGCUUGGUGCGGGGAGCAGGAACAGGCCGGGCCGGGCUGGCAACGCGCACCAUUGGCUUGGUGCGGGGGAGCAGGAACAGGCCGGGCCGGGCUGGCGACGCGCACCAUUGGCUUGGUGUGGGGAGCAGGAACAGGCCGGGCCGGGCUGGCGACGCGCACCGUAGGCUUGGUGCGAGAGGCAGGAACAGGCCGGACCGGGCUGGCGACGCGCAUCACAGGCUUGGUGCGAGGGACAGGAACAGGCCGGACCGCACUGGGAACACACACCACUGGCCUUACCCGGGGAUCAGGAACGGGCCGGACCGGACUGGCAACACACCUCAGUACCUCUCGCCGUGCCUCUACAUUUUCCUUCCCUCUACUCGCCAAUGGCUCCCGUAACCCGGUGGCCUUCUCUCCUCGUCCACUAACUCGCCCCUUAUCUGCCUCCAGCAGUCCCGUCAUCCACGGUGUGAGCCCCCCCUAAAAAUGUAUUGGGUUCGUCUCUCCCCCGUGGCUAUGGCCUCCAUGGCUCUCGCCAGACUCUCCAGCCUCUGCUCCCAAGUCCAACCUCUCUCCUCCUCACGCGGCUUGACCCAGUCGAGGUUGACAUCCAUUAGAGUCCUCUCUGGCGUUGGCUCCUGGACACGCUGCUUGACCCAGUCGAGGUGGAUAUCCAUUAGAUUCACCUCUGGCGUUGGCUCCUGGACACGCUGCUUGGUCCAGAUAUGGUGGGAUCUUGUUCCGUGUCUGGUUUGGUUCUGUUACCUAGGACUUCACGUAUCGUUUUGUUGUUUUGUUUCGUGUGGUGAAUCAAAUUAAAAGUAUGUUCACUCAUCACGCUGCGCAUUGGUCCACUGUGUUUGACGAUCGUGACAUGUUGUUUGAUUGUGAACAGGAUGCUGGCUACAGUGGGAGCAGACUUUGACCUGAGAACUCUGAGGGCAGUACGGGUCCUGAGGCCAUUGAAACUGGUGUCUGGAAUCCCUAGUAAGUACAAUGACUCUGGAAUCACUGGAAAAAACAACAACAAUGUUCUGUUUGGAUAUGUUUAUGUUGAAGUUUGUCAUCCAAGCAUUAUUACAUUUUUGUUGAUGUCAUCAUAUGUAAUUCUGAUAACAGGAAAUGUUCAAUAAAGAAAUGUAAAGAGCAAUUUGGGGUCUCUCCCAUGACCAAUGUUAAUGCUAUAACAUGGGAGGGAGUAAAGUGAAAACCUGCCCUAUCUCAGGUCUUCAGGUGGUUCUGAAGUCCAUCAUGAAAGCGAUGGUGCCUCUGCUGCAGAUCGGUAUGCUGCUCUUCUUCGCUAUCCUCAUGUUCGCCAUCAUUGGCCUGGACUUUUACAUGGGCAAGUUCCACCGGACCUGCUUCAGGACUGAUACAGGUAUGCACAAUGUACAUCGCUAUGAAAUCUUAGUCACCCGUGUUUUGUGUAACUGCAAUAACUUGCAAAUAUAGAGUUGAUAUAAAUGAUGUAUGUGCUGAGGUAGCCUAUAGUUCUGGGAGCUAAGACACGUUUUUAGGUCUCAUCACGCUAGUGUAUUUCAAUGAACCACUUCCUUUAAAUGUAUGCAUGUCAGUAUGCGUGCAUGUUUGUCUAUGUUUGCGUGCUUGCUGUGCUGCUGCCCCUUAGCAAAAGGACGUUACAUUCUAGCCAUGACCCAAUAAAAGGCAUGUAGCUAAUAACCAGCAUUUGGAGAAGUUGCAUAAACAUGUGAUUUUGAUUUUGUAUUUUCGCUAAGGUUAAGAAGUCCAUCAUAAAUAGGUCACAGGAUUGAUUCAUUGAUUGAUUGAUUUAUUGCUUGAUUGAAGAAGUCCCCUCUCAGGGAAAGGAGUUUGGCCACAUAGUCUUGGAUAUGGUAUCAGAAAUGGCCCUGUUAAGACAUCUACUACAAGACGGAAUGUAUGCAUUCACUACUCUGGAUAAGAGUGUCUGCUAAAUGACUUAAAUGUAAAUGUAAUGUAAUGUACAUUCCUCUGUGUGUGUACCUGUGUGUGUGUGUGUACCUGUGUGUGUGUGUGUGUGUGUGUGUCUCAGGUGAGCAGGCAGCAGAGUUCCCCUGUGGUAUGGAGGCUCCAGCGAGGACCUGUGAGAAUGGCACCGUGUGUCAGGAAUACUGGAUCGGCCCCAACUACGGCAUCACCAACUUCGACAACAUCCUCUUUGCUAUUCUCACCGUCUUCCAGUGCAUCACCAUGGAGGGAUGGGUGGACAUCCUCUAUAACGUGAGUUCACCCUAUACAUAA